UCUGGUCUGAGGGGGAAUGAAGGAUUCCUGUGGCACUCUUGAAGUUGAUCUGUACUCUGUAAGGAAUUAAUAACGGACCGAGGGGAAUAACAGACAAGGAUUUCCACCCUGGAGCAUCCAGCCAGACGCAGCAAGUCCGUUCCUGUUUGCAACUGCUGCCUGUGACAACCUCUCUCCUAAGGAAUUAUGAAGGGCUUCACUUGUCUCAGAGAACCUCUCCUCUUCUUUUUUGUACUGGUUUCUUUGUUCAAAUAUGGUUUGGCUUAUAACAGACUACCGUUUUUUCUAAAUUACUUCUUCGACACAUACUUGCUUAUAAAUGAAGACACUCCAGUAGGUUCAUCAAUAACACAGCUACGUGCUCAAGACUAUGACGACGACAAACUGGUGUUUGGGGUUGUAGGUGAUGAAGCCAGAAGUUUUUUUGCUGUCGAGAGUGAAACUGGUGUGGUAUGGUUGCGGCAAACCUUAGAUCGAGAGACUAAAUCAGAAUUCACCGUUGAAUUUUCUGUCAGUGAUAGCCAGGGGGUUAUUAAAGGCAAAGUGAGUAUCCAAGUCGGUGAUGUCAAUGAUAAUGCUCCGACCUUCCACGGCCAGCCAUACACAGUGCGCAUUUCAGAGAAUACACCGGUGGGAACUCCAAUCUACAUUGUGAAUGCAACAGACCCUGAUCAGGGAACAGGUGGAAGUGUGCUAUACUCCAUUCAACCACCUUCCAAUUUUUUUGCCAUAGACAAGUCCCGGGGCAUUGUGACUGUGGUCAAUCAACUGGAUUACGAGAUCACUCAGGCUUAUCAACUUCAAGUCAACGCAACGGAUCAAGACAAGACAAAACCACUUUCAACAUUGGCCAACCUCGCCAUUACAAUCACUGACAUUCAAGACAUGGAUCCAAUCUUUGUCAACUUACCAUAUAGCACUAACAUAUAUGAAAAUUCCCCUCCGGGAACAACAGUACGUAUGAUAACCGCUAUUGAUCAAGACAAAGGGCGUCCAAGAGGAAUUGGCUACACAAUAGUUUCUGGGAACACAAACAGCAUAUUUGCCUUGGACUAUAUCAGUGGUGCUUUAACGCUAAAUGGGCAGUUGGACAGGGAAAACCCCCUGUACACCUCUGGAUUCAUCCUCACAGUGAAGGGGACUGAACUGCUGGAUGAUCGAAGCCCUUCUGAUGCUACAGUGAAAACUACAUUCAAUAUUCUAGUGAUUGAUAUCAAUGACAAUGCCCCACAGUUUAAUAGCUCAGAAUAUACAGUCAGUAUUCCGGAACUGGCACAACUGGGGUUUGCGUUGCCCCUGUAUAUCCAGGUUCAGGAUAAAGACGAGGGAGUGAACAGUGCCUUUGAAGUCUACCUAGUGGGAAACAACUCCAACCACUUCAUCAUUUCUCCAACCUCUGUCCAAGGGAGAGCAGAUAUCCGCAUGCGAGUUGCUGUGCCACUGGAUUAUGAGACAAUCCCUCGCUAUGAGUUCUCUCUAUUUGCAAAUGAAAGUGUCUUGGACCAUGUGGGAUUUUCCCAAGUGAAGAUUAAUCUGAUCAACGAGAAUGAUAACCGCCCCAUCUUCAGUCAGUCGCUCUACAACAUUACUCUAUACGAGAACGUUACUGUGGGAACCACUAUUCUCAAAGUCUUAGCUACGGACAAUGAUAUUGGUACUUUUGGAAAAGUGAGCUAUUUCUUCAGUGAUGAUCCUGACAGGUUUUCACUAGACAAGGAUACGGGAGUAAUAGCCCUUAUUGCCCGGCUGGACUUUGAAACUACUCCACGCUACACCCUUACAGUGAUUGCCAGAGAUGGAGGUGGUGAGGAGACAACCGGUCGUGUGCGAAUCAAUGUCUUGGACGUCAAUGACAACAUCCCUAUCUUUCAGAAAGAAUCCUAUCUGGGAGCAUUAAGAGAGAAUGAGCCAUCAGUGGUCACAGUUAUCAAACUUCGGGCAACCGAUGAAGACUCUCCACCAAAUAACCAAAUUACAUACAACAUAAUUCAGGCUUCGGCAUUUCGCAGCUUUUUUGAAAUCUCUAUCUCUGAAGGUUAUGGAGUAAUAACUGUGAUUCGACCUCUGGACUAUGAACAAAUUUCAAAUGGUGUUAUUACUUUGAUGGUUAUGGCAAAGGAUUCAGGAGUGCCAUCGCUAAACAGCACUGUACCUGUCAGCAUUGAGGUCUUUGAUGAGAAUGACAACCCCCCGACAUUCAGCCGGCCAUCGUAUGUCAUCACAGUGAUGGAAAACAUCAUGGCAGGUGCUACCGUGCUAUUUCUCAAUGCUACUGAUUUGGACCGUUCCAGAGAGUAUGGCCAAGAGUCUAUAAUAUAUUCAUUGGAUGGUUCACCUCAAUUUCGAAUAAAUGCUCGAUCAGGAGAAAUCACCACGACAACUCUACUGGAUCGGGAAGCUAAGUCAGAGUACAUCUUAAUUAUCCGAGCAGUGGACGGUGGUGUUGGACCCAAUCAAAAAAUUGGCAUUGCAACAGUAAAUAUCACAUUGUUGGAUAUAAAUGAUAAUGCCCCUCAAUGGAAGGAUGAACCUUACCUUAUUAACCUGGUAGAGAUGACCCCACCGGAUUCAGAUGUCACUACGGUGGUAGCUUUUGAUCCAGACCUUGCUGAGAAUGGAAGCCUGGUCUAUAGUAUCAGCCCGCCCAACAAGUUCUAUACCCUGAAUAGUACUACAGGAAAGAUACGGACUACAGGGGUGGUCCUAGACAGGGAAAACCCAAAUGCGCAGGAGGCAGAACUGAUGAGGAGAAUUGUUAUCUCAGUAACAGACCGUGGAACACCGCCUCUCCGUGCCACAAGCAGUGCUACCGUAUUUGUGAAUUUGCUAGAUCUUAAUGAUAAUGACCCCACAUUUUACAACCUGCCAUUCACUGCCGAGAUCCUGGAGGGCACUUCUGUCGGAGCAUCUGUAUUCCAGGUGGUGGCUAUAGACCUAGAUGAAGGUCUGAAUGGACAAGUGACCUAUCGGAUGCAGGUUGGAAUGCCACGUAUGGACUUUGUCAUAAAUAGCACAAGUGGAUUAGUGACAUCUACAGCUGUUCUAGACAGAGAGAGGAUCGGGCAGUAUUACCUUCGGGUAGUGGCCAGUGACGCCGGAUCUCCAUCAAAAAGCUCUACCAGUACUCUUACAGUUCGUGUGUUGGAUGUCAAUGACGAGAGUCCCACUUUCUACCCAAUGCUGUACAACCUUUCACUCGCUGAGAACGUUCCUCGGGAUUAUGUUGUAGCACGCCUGAAUUGCUCAGAUGCGGACACAGGAUUGAAUGCAGAGCUCAGCUAUUUUAUAACAGGAGGAAACCAAGAUGGGAAGUUCAUGGUUGGGUUUCGUGAUGGCGUACUGAGAACAGUUGUGAAUCUUGAUCGGGAAACAAUGUCUUUCUACAGCUUGAUCUUGGAAGCUAUUGACAAUGGACCAGCAGGAAAUCGGAAAACAGGCACAGCCACUGUCCUUGUAACCGUAUUGGACAUCAAUGAUAAUAAACCAAUCUUCCUGAAGAGUAGCUAUGAAGCCACAGUUCCAGAGAAUGUUCCAGUAUUGAGCAGCAUUGUACAGCUGGAAGCCACUGAUGCAGACGAAGGGGAUAAUGGGAGAGUUUGGUACCGUAUCAUUAGUGGAAAUGAUAAAAAUAACUUUCAAAUUGAUGUUAGCACUGGAUUACUUAGACGAGGCCCCCAGGCCCUGGACAGAGAAACAAAUGCAUCUCAUGUCUUGGUGGUAGAGGCGUAUAAUGGUGACCAAGGACCCAUGAGAAGUUCUGUAAGGGUGAUUAUUUACGUUGAUGAUGUUAAUGAUGAGGUGCCAGUCUUCACACAACAGCAAUACAGUCGCUUGGGCCUCCGAGAAACAGUGGGGAUUGGAACAUCUGUUACAGUUGUCAGAGCUACUGAUCGGGACACAGGCGAUGGUGGAAUAGUGAUCUACAAGUUGAUCUCAGGCUCUGAUGGGAAGUUUGAAAUUGAUGGAAGCACUGGCCUGCUGACCACCAUAGAUUAUCUAGACUAUGAGACUAAAAUCAGUUACACUAUAAAUGUGUCAGCCACAGACCAAGCUCCGCCGAACAAUCGUGGUUUCUGCUCCAUCUAUGUCACUUUAAUGAAUGAACCAGAUGAAGUUGUUCAGUUUACCAGCACCAGAUACGAGUCUGUGAUACUAGAGAACAUUGCCACCGGCACUGAGGUUCUUCGUGUACAGGCUCGUUCUAUUGAUAACUUAAACCAGCUAACCUACCGGUUUGACCAGAACACAAAUGCACAGGCCUUGGAGCUUUUCAAAAUUGAUAAAAUUACAGGUACAAUAACAGUGAAAGGUUUGGUGGAUCGUGAGAAGGGAGACUUUCACUCCUUGACAGUGGUGGCAGAUGAUGGGGGGCCCAAGCUUGAGACUACUGUGGUACAGAUAACAAUUUUGGAUGAGAAUGACAACCGUCCCCAGUUUGAUCCAACUUCUGAAUCAGUAGUCAAUGUAGCAGAGGACUGUCCCACAGGAAGAAGAAUAGCUUUAGUCUUGGCUAGAGAUCCUGAUGCCGGCAGUAAUGGGGAGGUGACCUUUUCUCUAACAGCUGGAAAUGGUAAUAGGCUUUUUGACAUCCGCACCACAAACAAUACGUAUGGUGAAGUGUUUCUAGUGCAACCAUUGGACAGAGAAUUAUUGGAGUUGCAUUCUUUAAAGAUCCAGGCUUCUGAUAAAGGGUCCCCUCCUCGAAGGACAGAUUACACCUUAACAGUAAAUGUAUUGGAUGUGAAUGACAAUCCUCCUCUAAUUAAUAGUCCAUUUGGCUACAAUGUCAGUGUUUUUGAGAAUGUAGGAGGAGGGACAUCGCUUAUAAGAGUCACAGCAACAGACAAGGACAAAGGGCUGAACAGUGUUCUCUCUUACUACAUCACACAAGGCAAUGAUGACCUUAUUUUUCGAAUGGAUAGACUCACUGGUGAAAUUGCAACUCGCCCAUCUCCUCCUGAUCGUGAAAAACAGAGCUUCUAUCGGCUUAUGGUUGUAGUGGAAGAUGAAGGAACCCCAGCUCUCUCAGCAACGACAUUAGUCUUUGUGACCAUCCUAGAUGAAAAUGACAAUGCUCCCAUGUUUCAAAGGCUGCUGUAUGAAGUUACUUUGGAUGAGGGUCCUCUGACACUUAACUCUGUGAUCAUCACAACCACAGCUGUGGAUCAAGACGAGGGUCUUAAUGGAACGGUUACCUACUCCAUUAUAAGUGGCAACCUUCAGAAUACCUUUAACGUAAACAACACGACGGGUCUGAUUCGUGCAGUGAGGGAGCUGGAUUAUGAGGUGUGCCUGGGCAGAUAUACUCUAAUUGUGACCGCCACUGACAGGUGUCCUAUAGUGCUACGCCGUCUGACAUCAACAACCACGGUCUUAGUCAAUGUAAAUGACAUCAAUGACAACUGGCCAACAUUUCCAAAGUCAUAUGAAGGCCCUUUUGAAAUCACCGAGGGCCAACCGGGUCCCAGAAUAUCAACAUUUAAAGCUGAAGAUAAAGAUUCAGGUCUCAAUGGCCAAGUGGAGUACAGCAUUGUUGGUGGUGAUAUUCUUGGGGAAUUUGUAAUCUCUUCAGUCGAGGGCGAUUUGAGAGUUCGAAAGGAUUAUGAACUGGAUCGAGAGAACAUUGCUUUCUACAACAUAACUAUAAUGGCAAAGGAUAGAGGCAGCCCACCAUUCAGUGCCACGGCCAUUGUUGAUGUGCGUGUAUUAGACAUUAACGACAACGAUCCUGUUAUCCUUAACCUUCCAUUAAAUAUAACCAUCAGCGAGAACACACCUGUAUCAACACCUAUCACCAGAAUUCUGGCUAGUGAUGCUGACACUGGCCGUAAUGCCAUUCUGACCUUUAACAUAACUGCAGGGAAUGGAGAGAAUACUUUUUUCAUCAAUGAAAACUCAGGAAUAGUUUAUGUGAAUCGUCAGCUGGACAGAGAGAAGGUUUCUGAGUACAGGCUAACGGUGACUGUGAAGGACAAUCCAGAAAAUAUCCGUAAUUCUAGAAGGGAUUUUGACUUGCUGAUUGUGACAAUCGCCGAUGAGAAUGAUAAUCGGCCUGUGUUCUCUCAAGGAUCGUAUCAGGCAGAGAUCAUGGAGAACUCUCCAGCCGGAUCAUCCAUCAAUGUCCUGAAUGGACCUAUUAUAGCUUUAGAUAGUGACUUAGGACCAAAUGCUGUGGUGUCAUAUCGUCUACUUGGGUCUCAGAUGGAUUUGUUUACCAUGCACAACAGCACAGGUGUUGUGGCUGUGAAAGUGGGCAGAGUUAUUGACCGAGAAGCUUUCGGUGUCCCAGUGCUGAAUCUCACCCUGGUGGCAGAGGAUAUCGGGAAGCUGAAUGACACAGCCAUUCUUGUUUUAACAAUAUUAGAUGCUAAUGACAAUAGACCCAUCUUUAGUCCACUGAGUGUUGUUGUGCAUCUCCAGGAGAACAGCCCUCCAGGUUUUUCUGUUGUGCAGGUUAUGGCAACGGAUGCAGACAGUGGCCCUAACCAGCAACUAAGCUACCGCAUUGAAAGUGGUGCUCAGGAUAGGUUUCUCAUUGAUGUAAUCACAGGGGUUAUAAGGGUAGCCAAUGUAACUGUGGAUAGGGAAGAGAAAGAUUCCUACAGGCUGAUGGUUGUGGCUGCGGACCGCGGCACCACUCCCUUGUCUGGAAGCACCACAGUAAAUAUCCUUAUUGAUGAUGUUAAUGACUGCCCACCAGAAUUUGUCAAUCCAAUCCAAACUGUGAGUGUCUUGGAGUCAGCUGUGGUGGGAACCAUUAUAGCCGAGGUCACUGCCAUUGACCGAGACCUCAACCCGCGUCUGGAGUAUUACAUCAUAGAAAUAUUGGCCACUGAUGACACCAAUGUUGUUGUGCCCAAUCAGCAAGAAGCUUUCAGUAUUAACUUCAAAACAGGAGCAGUUAUGGUAAAGUCUCCUCUGAAUAGAGAGCUUGUAGCUACAUAUGACAUUACUGUCUCUGUAUAUGAUAAUGCAAGUCAGGUGGUUGACAAAUCAGUCAGUGUCCCUAAUGCAAAGCUAACCGUCAAUAUUCUGGAUGUGAACGACAACACUCCUAGAUUUCGCCCUUUUGGAGUGACCGUAUUUUCCCAAAGAAUAGUUGAAGGCGCCACCCCAGGAACCACGCUGCUAUCCGUUUCUGCUGUAGAUCCAGAUAAAGGAUCUAAUGGUCAGAUCACCUACUCUCUCCUUAACCUUCGCCCAGCCGGAUAUGUCCAACUUGAAGAUAACACGGCAGGAAAAAUAAUCGCAAAUCGUACUGUUGACUAUGAGCAGGUGCAGUGGUUCAAUUUCACUGUCAGGGCCUCAGAUAAUGGUUCUCCUCCUAGAUCGUCUGAGAUUCCAGUGUGCCUUGAGAUUGUGGAUAUCAAUGAUAACAAUCCUAUAUUCAGCCAGUCAUCAUAUCAGAAACCGGUAUUUGAAGACAUUCAGCUUGGUUCUACUGUCCUACAGAUUAAAGCCACGGAUGCAGACUCCGGCCGCUUUGCUCUCAUUCAGUACAGUCUUGUGGAUGGAGAGGGCAGAUUUGGGAUAAAUCCUACAACGGGAGAUAUAUACAUCCUGUCUCCACUGGACAGAGAGAAGAAGGAUCAAUAUACUCUCACAGCCAUUGCCAGAGACAAUCCCGGGGAUAUUGCAAGUAACCGCCGUGAAAACUCUGUGCAGGUGAUUAUCACAGUUCUAGAUGUUAAUGACUGCAGACCUCAGUUCUCCAAAAGCCAGUUCAGCACCAGUGUGUAUGAGAAUGAGCCAGAGGGUACAUCUGUCAUCACCAUGUCAGCCACAGACCUGGAUGAGGGAGACAACGGGGUGGUGACGUAUAAUCUGCAGGGCCCUGGUGCCGAGGCUUUCUUCAUUGAUAAAGACUCUGGGCUGAUAACAUCCCGAAGACUUCUCCAGUCUUUUGAACAUUUUAACUUGACUGUCGUAGCGACUGACAAAGGCAAACCCCCUUUAUGGGGGAUCACCAUGUUAAGAGUGGAUGUGAUUGAUGUCAAUGACAAUCGGCCUGUGUUCGUCCAGCCAUCCAAUGGUACAUCCAACGGUACAAUACUACAAAUAAAAGAGGAAAUUCCUCUGAAGUCCACAGUAUGUGAAGUUUAUGCCACUGAUAAUGAUGAAGGCUUGAAUGGAGCAGUGCGGUACAAACUACUGAAAACUGGAGCUGGGAAUAAGGACUGGGAAUACUUUAGUAUUGAUUCAAUUAGUGGACUUCUUCAGACUGCUCAAAGAGUAGAUCGGGAGAAACAAGCCAUGUAUAAUUUAAUUAUUGUUGCCUAUGACCUUGGCCAGCCAGUGCCUUAUGAGACCAUGCUACCUCUUCAGAUCGCUCUAGACGAUAUUGAUGACAAUGAGCCCAUCUUUGUCCGACCUCUGAGAGGUGCUUUGCAGUAUCAAAUUCUUUCAGUACCUGAACACUCCAAACCUGGAUCUGUGGUGGGAAAUGUCAGUGGUGCUCUGGAUGCAGAUGAAGGCUCAAAUGCUAUUGUGUAUUAUUUUAUUGCAGUUGGCAAUGAGCAAAACAGCUUCCAACUGACCCCAUUAGGAAAAAUGAAUGUUCUGAAGAACUUGGACAGGGAAAUGGAACCAUAUUAUUCUCUGAUAGUGAAAGCAUCCAGCAACAGAAAUUGGUCAGCCAAAAAAGCAAUGAGGUCUACAGGUAUCCAGACCUUUGAUCCCAGCAUAGACUCCACUUUGCAGGAAGUGAGGAUCUAUCUUGAAGACAUUAAUGACCAACCACCCCGAUUCACAAAAACGGAGUAUACAGCAGGUGUUGCAACUGAUGCCAAAGUGGGCUCCGAACUCAUAAAAGUUUUAGCACUUGAUGCUGAUGUGGGAAACAAUAGCCUGGUGUUCUAUAAUAUCCUGGGCAUUCACUACAUCAAGCUCAACUCAAACUAUUCAGAGGAAGUGAAAACUAUUUUUGUCAUUGGUAAUGUUGAUGGUAUUAUUCGGACUUUUGACCUAUUUACUGCAUACAAUCCUGGCUAUUUUGUGGUGGACAUCAUGGCUUCGGACCUGGCUGGACACAACGAUACUGCUGUCGUUGGUAUAUAUAUUUUACGGGAUGACCAGCGCUUAAAGAUUGUAAUUAAUGAGAUCCCGGAUAGAGUACGUGAAUUUGAGGAGGAAUUUAUACGCUUGCUAUCUAAUAUCACAGGAGCCAUUGUCAACACAGAUGAUGUACAGUUCCACGUAGACAAAAAAGGCAGAGUGAACUUCGCACAAACUGACAUGCUGAUUCAUGUGGUAAAUCGUGACACCAACAGAAUACUUGAUGUGGAACGAGUUAUACAGAUGAUCGAUGAGAAUAAAGAACAAUUACGGAAUCUCUUUCGCAACUACAAUGUUUUGGAUGUUCAGCCAGCCACAGCAGCUGGUACUACAGAGGACCUGACUGCUUUACAGAUGGCAAUCAUUAUAUUGGCUAUACUCCUGUUUCUAGCUGCCAUGCUAUUUAUCUUUAUGAACUGGUACUAUCGGACUGUACACAAGAGGAAACUGAAAGCGAUAGUAGCCGGAUCCACUGGAAACAGAGGUUUCAUGGAUAUUCUCGACAUGCCCAAUACAAAUAAGUACUCAUUUGAAGGGGCGAACCCUGUGUGGCUGGAUCCUUUCUGUAGGAAUUUGGAGUUGGCAGCACAAGCAGAGCAUGAAGAUGAUUUACCUGAGAACUUGAGUGACAUCACAGAUCUUUGGAACAGCCCAGCAAGAACACAUGGUACCUUUGGCCGUGAGCCAACAGCCACUAAGCCAGAAGAUGACUGCUACCUUCGUGCGGCAAUUCAAGAAUAUGAUAACAUUGCAAAAUUGGGACAGAUCAUGCGAGAAGGACCUAUUAAGUUGAUCCAAAAUGAUGUGGAUGAAGAUGAGGAUCAAAGUCCAAGACAUGGUUCUCUACGUUUCAAACAUAAGCAGCCAGUAGAAUUAAAGGGACCAGAUGGAAUUCACAUUGUUCAUGGCAGCACAGGAACUCUUUUGACUUCUGACAUGAAUAGCUUGCCAGAGGAUGACCAAAAGGGUCUGGGACGAUCCUUGGAGACACUUAACACAGACAACUGUGUAUUCAGUGAGAGAAAUGCACGCACAGAAUCUGCCAAGUCCACACCAAUGCACAAGCUGAGAGAUACUAUAAUGGAGAGCCCUCUGGAAAUAACAGAAUUAUGACUAGAGGUGGCCUCAUUGGUCUAGCAGUUAAGAAAUGUGUACUGAGCCAACAAAUCAGCAUCACAGCACAACUUCAAGAGGGGGUAACUUGUGCUAGCACAAUAUAGGCUUCGAGAACACUAUAAGCACAGUUAAAUCAUCUAUUACAAAGUGGACUUGUAGAUUAUGCAACAGAUUACCACCUAAAAGCUGUGAUCUUGUGUACUUAAUUCCCAGUAUGAAUGGAAAGUUUUCCACUGUUGACAUGUGCCAUUUCAUGGUAUUUUAAGUGGUACUACAAAUUGAUGUAAGAAAACAAAUUUGGCUGGAAAGAGUGGGCAAUAAUGCUGAAAAUGGCUUGGUACAAAGGAUUCUUUUCUGCUGGCAGUGCAAUACUUUUCUAGUGUUGAAAGGAGUAUUCUUUUAAAAACAAAAACACUGGACAAAAACACUGCCUAAAGGCCUCUGAGGUCAUAACUUUGUAUUUUGGGUGAGUGUGUUUUAGUUGUGCUGGCUUACCAAAACUACAUGUAUCACACAGCACAACCAGCAAGACUUUUGAAACCAUUUAAGUGUGUACUUUUAUUCAUUUUUAAAUGUAUGUGAUUUUUGUGUUUUUUAUGUUUGUUUUGUAUGUUUGAAGAUGAAAAAAAUCAAUUGCUUUAAAAUGCCUUGCGUCUCAUCUUUAAUCCGACAUUCCAGAUGUUAUUAAAUUGUUUAAUGAAGAACCCAGAACAUUUCAUUGACUGCAUCAAAUUAAUUAAGUGUACUUUGUAGAAUAAGUGUUAUUUAUAUAUAUUUUUGUGGGGAGGGGGUUAAUUGGCUGCUCAACCCAACUAGUAAGUAACUUAUAUAUUAAAUUAUUUUUUGCAACUGGUCUAUUAAACAACGGUAUCUUGAAAAUGGUGAUGUUUUCAAUUUUUAAGUAAAAGAUUUCUGCUAUUAAUCUGCAGAAAAUUAUUAAAAACUGAAAACAAUAUACACAGCAGGCCAGUGUAAUAAAAUGUAUUUGUGGUAUAUGGAGUUGAACAAAGAAAGGAAGUGACACUGUCAUUUAAAGUUAUGAUAUAAAUAAAGUUUUUCUUUGGUUUCAUAGGAUUGUUUAUGUUCCUUAAAACGUACAAGAAAAACAUGAGGACAUUAUUAAAGACUAGUGUAACAUGGUUUUUUUUUUUUCAAUUUUCCGAAUAAUUUUAAAUGUGUUGAUAGCAAAGUUAACAUAUAUUUGUAACAUUAUUUUGUCUAUGCAGUACUUGACUUGUGGUUUUAUGGUGGGUCCAGCGAGAAGACCCUCUUACCCGGACACAGCCAGUGGGAGUGUGCAGCGCCGGUGUGGGGGGUGAUGGAGCUGCAGCGUUGAAGUAACCUUGACUUACAGUGCUGCUAGCUUUGAGAAAAAAAUUCAGUUGAAGCAAAAAAAAAAAAAAAAAAAAGCUUCCUGGGCUGCAGAAGCCCACUGGUCAGUCCACCUGCUAUUGCUGCAGGCACCAACUUAAAACUGAGCUACCAAUGCCUGUAGGCGGGGUUAUAGAGGAGUGAAGCUAUGCAUCCUGGAACAGCUAAAGCAGAGGUUCUCAAACUCGGUCCUCAGGACCCCACACAGUGCAUGUUUUGCAGGUAACCCACCAGGUGCACAGGUGUAUUAAUUACUCACUGACACAUUUUUAAAGGUCCACAUGUGGAGCACAUUAUUUCAAUUGUGAUUCUGUGAGGAUACCUGCAAAACAUGCACUGUGUGGGGUCCUGAGGACUGAGUUUGAGAACCUGUGAGCUAAAGCUUUAACUGGUGCUCGGAUGCCUCAUUCACCAUGUGUCCCUGUAGAAAUCCUACAUACCCUGCUGCAUAUAUAAAUUAGAAAGUCCAACUGCUAACAUACACCAAAGUAUGCAUUGAAAAUUGCCAUAGAUAUUGAUUAUUUUAUAGCACUUUACAGUGACAUCCUGUUUGUUGUAUAAUUCUGUGACCAAAAAGUGAAUGAAUUAAUGUCACAUAUAAGUGUUAAAAACAUUACUUUUUUUUAACAAUGAGUGGUGACAGUUAAGUGUUGCCAAAAUAUGACUGAUGGGUGUUAUCAGGAUAAUGGUCAAAUAGGAUUAACAAUAAAAAGCCACUCUAUAUAUAGGAUAUUUGGUUAUGGCUUGUGAUUUUGUAUACUUCUAAUCAUCAUACAGUUGUCAUAGAGAUAUUUCAUAAUUAUAUUACCAGGUUAUAGAGGU